AGCUCUACGGUUCAACGGGAGCAGUGACGGGGUGACUCAUAUGUUUCUAAUCUCCAGGGGGCGUGUUUUAUAGCGCCACGUUAUUUAAGUAGACAGUGAACAUAUCUACGUUAACAUACACGUCUUAGUUCCCUGGUCCUUUUUUACCAGCAUUUAAUUGACAUCUCCUGACAACAUGCAAGCCCUCGACGCGAAAGACCUGGGGAGAGCCUUGUGCAUCAUCACCGGAGCUUCUCGCGGAUUCGGCCGAACCACAGCCCUCCAGAUCUCCGAGCUGGUCAAGCCCAAAUCCGUGCUGGUCCUAGCCGCUAGAAAUGCCGAAGCCCUGCAGACGCUCCAAGCCGAACUGGCCGCUUCUAAAGCUGGAAAAGCGGGCGUCAUCGUUAAAUAUGUAGUCGCAGAUCUGGGGGUGAAAGAGGGGGUGGAAAGUGUUGUUAAGGCGGUCAAAUUACACUCCUCUGAAGACUUUGAUCACCUUAUACUGGUCAAUAACGCAGGCUCUCUGGGGGCGUUGCGCUACGCUAAGACCUUAACGGACAUGGCGGAGGUGACCUCCUACAUGGCGUUCAACCUCAGCUCGGCCGUGUGCCUGACGGCUGGCGUGCUGGAGGCGUUCCCGCGGCGCGAGGGCCUGCGGCGGACCGUGGUGAACGUGUCGUCCCGCUGCGCCCUGGAGCCCUUCCAGUCUUGGGGGCUGUACUGCAGCGGGAAGGCGGCCCGCGACAUGAUGUUCAAGGUGCUGGCCUUGGAGAGCCCCGACCUCAGGGUGGUCAACUACUCCCCGGGCCCACUGGACACCGGCAUGCAGCUAGAAGCCCGGACCCUCACGGAGGACGACAGUCUCAGGAACACCUUCGCAGACAUGUUCUCCAAGGGCAAACUGCUCACCUGUGAAGCGUCCUGCGCUAAGCUAACGACGCUACUGCUCAAAGACGAAUACACCAGCGGAGCACAUGUCGACUUUUACGACGUCUAGAUGUUUUAAAUUAGAUUUUAGGGACAUUACUGUUUAAAUCCAAAUCUUUUAACAGGUAACAUUCAAAGGUCCGGUGUUGAAUGGGUAAUAUAUAGUUUUACAAUCUGUGAUGCCAUCGGACUGCGGAGGAGCAAGGGUGUUUUAUUGAACGAUCAUUAUAAAUGACGUUGUUUCAAAAGUGCUUUGAUUGGUUAAUGAUAGAAUUUUGUUGAUCAGUGUGAAAUGGCAUAUGAAUGCACUGCACUAUGUUUCCAACCAAACCCAAGGAACCAGAGGUAUAUAGUUACGUGUUUAUUUUCUACAAUCCUAAAUUUGUACUGUUGUGAGAUAACUGUCAUUGUGCCUUAACUGUUAAUCAACUGUCACUAUUGUUUACUUAGUCUAAGCUUACUAUCUGUUAUUAAUGUUAGUAGUGUUUGUCCAGAAUUUACUUCAUACAUUCCUCUACAAAACUGUAAACGAAUAAAACCCAAACCAAAAAAUA